AUGGCAACCGAGUUCUAUUCUGUCUGGCUGAUCAAAGAGCGCUUAACCAUUCCUGAUCCUGAAGAGACAACCACAAGAUACCACACGUACCUCUUCGUCCAAAAGCCCAGCGAUGCAUCUCCUUUGAAUGGUGAAAAUGCUAUUGCUGGCUGGAUCCACGAGGUCGCAGGCGACAUCGUCACCUCCACCGGCAUGAGAUAUGCCCACAAACCGGUCCUGCAGUCACCAGAGUUCUCCGAUGUUUUUCAUGCCAAACGGUACCUGGGGCGGGUUAACGCUGGUGCGUACCCGGAGAAUGUAGACAGCGUGUGUCGAUCGAUUAAACCGCCCGGGUGCCAGAAGAAAUUUAACACGACGACAAUGAAGUACGAAGCUGUUGUAUUUGGGGAGGGUGAUGCAAAUGGAGGGUGGAGGUUUUAUAGGCCGGGAGAGGAGCGGAAGGCAUACUUUAAAUGUACGGAGUGGGUGGAGCAGAAGGUUAUUCCGAAGCUGGUGGAAGACGGCAUUCUUACUGAGUGA